AUGCCAGCCAAGUCCACCUCGGCAGUGAGUCUUGCUGAAACUCGUCAACGAAAGGGGCAGCUGUUCGAGAACCCGCAGUUCCAGAAGUGGACGAGCGCCGUCACCAAAGGCUACAAGACGAACUCCGAAGCGGCUGAAAUGGCGAUUGCCUCGACGUUGGCGAUGCAACUCGGUGAGGAUGUCCUCGCAAAGAUGGUCAUGGAGGCGAAGUUAGUGGCGAGUACGAAGGGCGUGGAUGUCAAACUGGAGGAGGCUCAGCUGCACUACUGGCCGGCCAAGCAGCAGACAGCAGAGCAAACGACGAGGCUGGCAGGAAAACAAGCAAACGAACAAGUCUACAAAAUCCUUCGAGCGUCUUACGCCGACGACGAGCUGGCCGUGAUCCUACUGGGAGCGAAGAAACACUUGAUGGGCGAUGUUGCUCAGAGACUGGAGAAGGUGCAGCAGAAGGUUUGGACUGGUGAAAAGAAAACCGCGGAGGCAGUGUUCGCCUCGCUGAAGCUGGGGGGCUACCAGGGUGAUGGUGUUUUUAAGAGCCCGGCGUUUAGCUACUGGGUCGACUAUGUGACGAAGCUGAGUCCUGAGAAGGCGGACGAGUUAAUGCUGUCGACUCCGAAGACGAGUUACAAGGACGAUGUUCUGGCCAAAAAGGUUGUUACAGCGAAGGAGGGUUCCUCUACAAAGCCUAUUGCUGGGCAGUUGGAGAAUGCUCAGAUGAAGGACUGGCUGCGCAACAAACGGUCAGUGGAUGAUGUCUUUAAACUGUUAAGGCUGGACGACGAAGUUGAUAACCUACUGCAGUCCCCACUGCUGAGCAACUGGGUGAUUUACUUGGGGAAGUUGGAUGAAAACCCGUACACUAUAUUACUGGGGAAACUGAAGACUUUCAAGCUCACAGCCACUGACGAUAAGCUCGUCGACAUGCUCACGAAGGCAAAUCAAGAUGUCAGUACCAGUGUGCUUGCUGAUAAGUUGGAGACGGCACAGCUCGACAAUGGCUGA